UGAAACAAAGUUUGGUUACGGGUCAGUUCUCUCUUUGCGUGACUUCUUUCGCUUGAAAAUGGAGUUAGUCUCGGUUUUAUCGUUGAAUGAUGAUUGCUUGUGUAACAUUUUGUCUUAUUUAGACGACUUUAGCUCRUUUUACAGCUUCUCUUUGACCUGUAAACGGUUCAAUCUAAUAGCUGGAACUGGUAGGAACUGGCACAUCAAUGUCCUCAAGAGAAAAGCUGAGUUCUACAUCAGGAAACUCGUAGUUUACAGCAGUAAUCAUCCCAUGAAUGAAUACGAAUCCAAAGAUCCAAAGAUCCAAAGAUCAGCUCCUCUCGCUACUCGAACACGUCGAGCAAUGCUGCAUUGAUGAUCUUUCCUACAACAAUGUCCUCAAUGUGUGGAAAUCGUACGGUCCCGUCGCUGCCAAGGUUUUGUCGUGGAUCAAACCUUCACGUUCAGUUAAACGCAUGCGAGUUGAAGCAUGUUCAGCAAAGAACGAUUACCAAACCUUUCUUUUGCCAGUCUGUGGUCAAGAGUUAUCAAUUUCUACAACAUUUCUUGUGGAUUGUAAUGGGAAUUACAUAACGGAUAUAUUCAAAAUUUCUUGUGAAAGUUUAAAAAUCAAGAACGCACAAUUCGUUGACGUUAUUAUCCCUAGUGAUAAUGGAAUGAAUCAAUGGAAUGAAUUUAUGAUAGAUAGAGUCGUGAAACCCGCAAUGAAACCAGUAAUUGAGCUUCUUCAGAAAGAGCUCGGCGAUACAGUCCCACCAAUAACAGAUAAAUUCUUUGUUUGGAUGUGCUUUCGCUUCCCACGAUUGAAGGAAGAGCACAGGAUUUACUUCAAAGAUGAAGCUAAGAACGCAAUGCCAAGCGUGGAAUCACUCCAACCAAUCUUGGAGCUUUAUCGUAAAAACAAAGCUCAACUAAUCAAAAAGCAUAUCGAGCAGUGGCUGCAGAAUGAAAAAGAUGUGUUUCACUUCGCAAAUCAUAUCGCUUCUGCUUUAGAAUUCUUCGCUCAAAAGUCCCAGACAGCCAUAUUAAGACAGUUGCGAGAAGACGUUGAACGCUUUUCCAAUGUAGUUUCCGACUACGGCCUCGGAAAGACCCCUAAGAAGAUGAUGUUGGACUUGGUCAACAGAACAACUAUCUUCAUAGGAAAUCUGACCGCAGAAGCAGUUGCCAAUAACCAUGUUAAUAACAAAACACAAUUUAGGAUGAAAGGAGGCUCGGUGAUGAAAAUAGAUGGAGGAAUGCACGGUGAUGGAGCAAGUUUCCUAACCUGGUAUGAGCUGUACAUGAACUUUUCUCUGCCUGAUGGGAGCAAAGUCGAAUUACCAAAAACAAAUUUUAUGGACUUAUCGGGAUCAAUAGAGCACAAAGGUUUUAUCAAGAGGCUUAGUCUUAUUACUGAAAUCCUUCAAGAAUGCAUAGAUGAGUCCAUGAAGGACGAGGAAAACAUCCCAAAAAUAGGAAACAUCUUCACAUUCUAUUAUUUCCUCCAAGUGAUGCAGUUUUCAAAAAUCAAGAGUUUUUUUCAAUUUUACCUACUAGAUCCUUUUGAAUCUGAAGAAAGCGCAUCAGACACAGAUCUCUCUGACUUUGACUCUGACUAAAACCACGAGCACAUAAAUUCACACGGCAAAUGCUAUUGUAUUAUUAGUAUUCUGAAUAGUAGUAAAGGUCAUGGAAAUGAUAUAAACUUGUGUUGAGUAACCAAAGUAUCUGAAAUGCCACACAAAUGCUGCAAUAUUUUCUAGGACACAAACAAACAAAAAACUGAAACUUGCCAAGCAACCGCGCAACAACAAAUACAAUAUUGAAACAGCACCUACAAAAGUGCUUAAAAAAUGACUUUAAGGUCACGAAUCUGGCAGCAAAUAAAACAAAAAAUUGAGAAACACAGAUUUUUGUUCGUAUAUGAUGAUUAUUAUUUAUGSCUAAAGCUUUC